AAAAGUGGACUUUCGAUUUUGAUGGGCAACAACUGUGUGGGACCAAACCUCGGUGGGACUGGCUUCCUGCAAUCGGUUACGGCGGCGGUGUGGAAAACACGACCGCCGGAGGGAAGGCUUCCGCCCCCGAGCCCAGCUGACAACAAGAACAAAUCUCCGGCGCCAGCUAAUGCGGCUCCCGAUUCCUCCAAAGGAGGGUCGAGUGCCGGCAAUGGUUCCAACGAUGUUUCCAGAGGCAAUGAUCCUCCCAUGCCGGUUCAGAGUACGCCGCCUGAAACGGUGAAAAUAGCCGCAGCGGAGUCUAAACCGGCACCGGUUCAGCCCGAGAAGCCGGUUCAGCCAGAGAAGCCGGUUCAGCCAGUGGUGAAAAAUGAACCGGCAUCUGGUACUGCUGCUGGUGUUGAUGCAGGGAAAGCUAAGAAACCUACUCAUGUUAAAAGGGUGUCUAGUGUUGGACUUCAAGUGGAAUCUGUGUUGGGUAGGAAAACAUUGAAUAUAAAGGAUUUUUAUAGUUUGGGGAGGAAGCUUGGGCAAGGGCAAUUUGGGACAACUUUCCUUUGUGUGGAGAAGGGAACUAAUAAGGAGUUUGCUUGCAAAUCCAUUGCAAAGAGGAAACUUACCACACAGGAGGAUGUUGAGGAUGUUAGGAGGGAGAUUCAGAUCAUGCACCACUUGGCUGGUCACCCAAAUGUGAUACAAAUACUUGGUGCUUACGAGGAUGCUGUUGCUGUUCAUGUUGUUAUGGAGCUCUGUGCUGGUGGGGAGCUCUUUGACAGGAUCAUACAGAGGGGGCAUUAUACUGAAAGAAAAGCUGCUGAACUUGCAAGGUUGAUUGUCAGUGUUGUUGAGGCUUGCCAUUCUUUAGGUGUCAUGCAUAGGGACUUGAAGCCCGAGAAUUUUCUCUUCAUCAACCAUGAAGAAGAAUCACCCCUUAAGACAAUAGAUUUUGGACUCUCGGUGUUCUUUAGACCAGGUGAAACAUUUACUGAUGUGGUUGGGAGCCCAUACUAUGUGGCCCCUGAAGUUUUGCGGAAGCACUAUGGUCCAGAAUGUGAUGUUUGGAGUGCUGGGGUGAUCAUUUAUAUUUUACUGAGUGGAGUUCCCCCAUUUUGGGACGAAACGGAACAAGGAAUAUUUGAACAAGUUUUGAAAGGAGAGCUUGACUUUGUUUCUGAACCAUGGCCUAGCAUAUCUGAAAGUGCAAAGGAUCUUGUUAGAAGAAUGCUUAUAAGGGACCCUAAGAAGCGGAUGACGGCACAUGAAGUUCUUUGCCACCCCUGGGUUCAGAUUAGAGGUGUUGCUCCUGAUAAACCGCUUGAUUCUGCUGUCUUAUCUCGUUUGAAGCAAUUCUCUGCAAUGAACAAGCUCAAAAAAAUAGCCAUUCGAGUAAUUGCUGAAAAUCUGUCUGAGGAGGAAAUUGCAGGACUGAAAGAAAUGUUCAAGAUGAUAGACACAGAUAAUAGCGGACAGAUCACUCUUGAGGAACUGAAAAAUGGUUUGGAGAGAGUGGGUUCUGUUCUUAAGGAUUCUGAAAUUCAUUGGUUAAUGCAAGCGGCUGAUGUUGAUAACAGUGGUACCAUAGACUACGGUGAAUUCAUAGCAGCUAUGCUUCAUCUAAACAAGGUCCAGAAGGAGGAUCAUCUAUAUGCAGCCUUCUCCUACUUUGACAAAGAUGGGAGUGGAUACAUCACACGGGAUGAGCUCCAACAAGCCUGUGAACAGUUUGGCCUAAAUGAGGAUCAUCUAGAUGAUAUAAUACGUGAAGUUGACCAGGAUAAUGAUGGACGCAUUGAUUACAGUGAGUUUGCUGCAAUGAUGCAAGACACUGAUUUUGGCAAAAUGGGGCUACAAAUAACAUGA